AAUCCGAGAUCCCUCCAAGCCGUGAAAUUCGGAACCUCCCCCAAUUUGCCGCUACGGUGGAAUAUUAGAUCGAGUGUCAUAUGAUCUACGUCAAACUCUAACUUUACAAUCAGUACCAAUCGCAGACCAUCGGUUAAGAAAACGAAGCACAGUCGUUAGGAAUUUUCUUUCGAAUCAGAACAUCAUGUACUUAUGGGUGCGGAGCAUACGUUUUCAAAUCACUUUGUUUCUAUGGGCAGCGGGUGCUGUAUCAGAAGUGAUGACUGCAGAUGGUGUUACGGAACACAUGACAAAAAUAAAAACGGUGAAGGAUCGCCUCUUGAAAGACUAUGACAGAACGAUCCGCCCGACUAUGGGCGAAUCUAACACCACCGAAGUCAGGGUGGGAUUCAUACCUCGACAGAUCAUUCACUUCGAUGAAGAAGUCAGCAUACUCUCAUUGGACUCAGUCAUAUGGAUGACUUGGACGGAUUCAAGGCUUAAAUGGGAAACAUCAGAAUACAGCGGCCUGCUGCAAAUUCCAACCAACUUCAUAUGGCUACCAGACUUGACAGUUCAUAACAGCCACAGCCGCAGUGUGAAUCCUGCCCAGGACGUGCUGGCAGUGGUAGAGCCCAGCGGAAAGGUGUAUUGGGUUCCGCCUGUCCUGACGCAAACCACUUGUGCCUCCGACGCUAUUAACUACCCCCAAGACGACACCACUUGCAAGGUUACCUUUGGUUCGUGGGCGCACGAUGGAUGGGAGAUUGACUUCCAGAAUGAUGAUCAUCUUUACAUGGCGGAAUUUGCUAAUAUUAACCCCAGGUGGGAGUUGAUAGAGGAAAAGGCGAGACUACACCGGAACGUGGAAUACUACGAGUGCUGUCCCGAGCCCUACCUGAGCGUAGAGGUGAUCCUGCCCUUGAGGAGGCGCCCCCCGCCCGAAAUCGAAGCCACCCGUGCGCCCUGCAUCCUUACCACUGCCCUAGCCCUCGCAAUUUUCUGGUUGCCACCGGACUCCAACAAGAAACUACCGUUCGGAGGAGCCCUCUUCACUAUCCUCUGCCUCCUCCUCGUGUUUGUGGCCUGGAACACCAAGCACCCCCUAGCGGUCACUUACGCAGUGUCAUUCAUCCAAUCGACAAUGUACAUCGUGGUCACCGUUCUGCUCCUCCAGCUGCUGGUGAUCAGCAAACUCUGCAGUCUGGACGGCCCCACUAGGCCCCCACCGGCCGUCAUGCAGCUGCUGAACGGGGCCCUGGGCAAGUGGGCCUGCCUGCGGUGGCCCCUCUCGGACGACAACCUGCCAAUGGACAGGAUCCAACUGAAAGAAGAUUCCGCCAUUCAAGACAGCACGCCAUCCAUACGGGAAGAGUGGAUGUUGUUCGCAGCGGGCUUGGAUAAGGUGUUCUUCCUGGUGAUGACACUAGUUACAGUGUUGAUUCAUCACUUAUGAAGUGUCACUCUCUCAAAAGUGUGUUUUUCUCAUUUCAUUUGGUGUAAUAAAAGUUUACUCUUGGA